AUGGGAGUAGAUUAUUAUGAACUGCUUGGACUUAGGCGAAAUGCUACAGAUGGUGAUAUAAAGAAAAAUUACCGGAAGUGGUCCUUGUUUUAUCACCCGGACAAAAAUAAUGAUGAUCUGCAGGCUGAAGUUAAAUUUUUCCAACUCGCCGAAGCGUACGAUGUCCUCAGCGACAAGAAAAGAAAAGCCGUGUACGACCAGUUUGGUGAAGAAGGGCUGAAAUGUGGCGUCCCCUUGAAAUGUGAAGAGGACGGUGAAGCUUGGACAAAAGGUUACGUCUUUCAUGGAGACGCGCAGAAAGUAUUUAGGGAUUUUUUCGGCGGAGAUAACCCAUUUCAAGAUUAUUUUGAUCGCAUUGAUGGCGACCUGAGUAUGAGUUUUGGGGGCCUUGAAGGCAGAAGCCGAAAGAAGAAAGACCCACCCAUUGAAAGGAACCUCUUUUUGACACUGGAAGAACUAUACCACGGCUGCAUAAAGAAAAUGCGGAUCUCGCGUCGUGUAAUGAACGAAGAUGGUCACACGUCAAGUGUGAGGGACAAGAUACUAAACAUCACCGUAAGAAAAGGCUGGCUGCCCAACACGACUAUUACUUUUCCCAAUGAAGGAGACCAGGGCCCAAAUACUAUUCCUGGUGAGUCCUUAGAAUCCUUUUAA